CCAGGCUGCCGCUGCUGCGCGGCGCGCUGGGUGCUGGAGGCAGGCGCGGGGGGAGACCGGGCGAAGGGAGGGGGGGGGGAUGUGCCAUCCUCGCCGUUGCACAACCCUGCCCUGUUGACAGAUAACCUGCGCGUGAGUGUGCGGGGUGAGUCACGCCGGGAGGGCACAGCCCGGGCUGGCUGCGCUGCGCUGCGCUCGCUGCACACACUCGCCGAGCCGGAGGCGAGAGGCGCCGACCUGCCCGCAGCUCUGCCCCGCUCGACUCUGGGGGACGCGCCGCGGAGCCCUUCGCUGCAGCAGCUCCCGCCGCCUGCCGCGGGGACCUGCCGCGGGAGCCCCCCUACCUUAUAUGUGCCCGGGGCGCGCCCCAGGCCGGGGACAGCCCGCUGGGAAGCCGCUCGCCUGGCCGCUCUCCGCCGUGUGCCGCCGCCCUCUGCCCGCCCGGCUGGGAGCGCCCCCCGCCUCUCCGUCUCCAUGAGCCGCAAGACGCAGCCCCGCAGCCCGGGACUCCUGCUGCCGGCCGCCCGAUGCCGGAGCGCCCCCUCCAAGCGGCUGCUGCUGCAGGACGGCUCCAGCGAGGACGCCCCAGCGGCCAAGUGCCCCCGGCUCUCCGAGUGCCCCAGCAGCCCCCAGGACUGUCUCAGCGCGCCGGGCUCGCCGUGCGCCCCCGCCUCGCCGGGCAGCGGCCCCACGCCGGGCAGCGCCCAGAGCCCCAGCCUCAUUGCCGGCUACCUGCUGCUGCCCCUGGCCGACAGGGAGCAUGUGUCCCGGGCGCUCAACAUCCACACGGGCCAGGAGCUGCGCUGCAAGGUGUUCCCUCUCAAACACUACCAGGACAAAAUUCGACUUUAUGUUCAGCUGCCAUCUCAUAAAAAUAUCACUGGGGUAGUGGAAGUGAUUCUGGGGGACACCAAGGCCUAUGUCUUCCUUGAGAAGGACUUUGGGGACAUGCACUCCUAUGUGAGGAGCUGUAAAAGGCUGCGAGAAGAGGAGGCUGCCAAGCUGUUCAAGCAGAUCGUCUCAGCUGUAGCUCACUGCCACCAAUCGGCCAUUGUGCUGGGUGACCUCAAGCUCAGGAAAUUUGUCUUUUCUACUGAAGAAAGGACUCAGCUGAGACUAGAAAGCCUAGAAGACACUCACAUCAUCAAGGGGGAAGAUGAUGCUCUGUCAGAUAAACAUGGCUGCCCAGCAUAUGUCAGCCCUGAGAUCUUAAACACGACAGGGACCUACUCUGGAAAAUCAGCUGACGUUUGGAGUUUAGGAGUAAUGCUGUAUACCCUCCUAGUAGGACGCUAUCCCUUCCAUGACUCAGACCCUAGUACUCUGUUUUCUAAAAUCCGCCGUGGACAGUUCUGUAUUCCUGAUCAUGUCUCUCCCAAAGCCAGAUGCCUCAUUCGUAGCCUGCUGAGACGGGAACCCUCAGAAAGACUCACUGCUCCAGAGAUCUUGCUUCAUCCUUGGUUUGAAGCAGUUUUGGAACCUGGAUAUGUAGACCAGGAUAUAGGAACUUCUGAUCAAAUUGUUCCAGAGCAUCAUGGAGACAGUGAUGAUAUAAGUUCCUUCUUCUGUUAGUCCUGAAAUCUCCAAAAACCUCAUACAGUUCUCACACAUGGCAUCUUUUUAGGGUUUCAUUUUCCACAUUAUAAAUGCACAGCAUUCUAAAGUGUCAUUAUAAUCAGAAAAGUGACUGUGUUUAAAAAACAAGUAAAUAAACAAGGCAGGCAACUACUUACUCAGCGGAUCCAGAGUCAUAGCUGCUUACUUAGCUGGCGAGUGCUUAUUAGCACGGCAGGGCCAGUACAGCUGUGGAAGAGCCAGCUGGAAUCUAUUCUGCCUCGUGCAUCAUCAUCAACCACCCAACUGCCGGGUGAUCUUUGAUUGCAGAAUCUUAUUAUUGGUGAUGUAAGAGACAGACAAAAAGAAGCUAGGCCUCCCAUUUUCCCCCAUAGGUAUUAAGUGGAAUGUGUAGCCCUGAUGGUGAAAAUACUAAAUGGGGGAAGACCAAAUCUGACAUGGAAAUUAAUGAGAGGAAUCAGUAAGGAGCACCUUGUUGCCAGUUUUACAGAGUAAUUUUCUGACGAUAAGUGCACUUUAAUGGUGGAGGGAGGUCUUGACCCACCAAGUCCAACAACCUGCUCACUUGUCAGGUAGAUUCUGCUAUUAGCAGGUAUAUUAUAUGAAGCUAUUAAAGAUCCAUCCAUAAUUAAAUAUACACUGUUGUCUUCCUCUACUGCUUUUGGCAGAUUAGUCCAGUAACCCUUUAAGGAGGAGAAGAUAUCUGGCCUCUCAGUUGGAUUUCAUAUAAUACCUUCUCCCUGAACAUAAAAUGCAUUUUUAAUUUAUUUAAGCCUAACUGUGACAAAGAAUAUAUAAUUCUAUGCCCUUGUAAGCUCAGGGUGCCAGCACAUAUCCGUGUACCAAAACACAACAUCAUAGGUUGGAGCACCUUGUCUUGGAAAAGAGAGAGAAAGGUCUUGUACAGUAUAUGUGAACCCUUCUGUUUUCCUGUUGGCUCAGUUCUACAAAGCACUGUCUCUUAGGUUUAAAAUCCUGUACAAAAACUUGGUUGGUCUUGAAACUUAAAUUCUCCAGACAUCCGUCUUGACUAUUCAGGUGUAUCAUCUGCCUCUGGCUACAUUUGUUUUUCUUAAUUUUUUUUUUGCAUGAUUAUUCAUAAUAUUUCAAAUGUAUGUGGAUAAUGAAUACAUCUAAAUAAUCAUUACUUUCCUGGGUCAGGGAUAAGUAAAGCCUAGUCCGGACUAAGAUUUCUGCUUUGUUUCAUGUGUGUGCCUGGUUGAUGAUGUACAGAAAUAUCAACUUGUAUUAAAAGUGGUUCACUAUGAUGACAUAUACACAGUUCCUAAUAUGAAUUUGUUAAACGGGUAAAUGACUAUGCUGUACAUUGACAGAAUGGCACUAUAAUGAUGCAAUUAUUUUAAGGACUAACCCCUGGCAAGCUACAGUACCACCAUGCAUUGUGAGAAUGCUAUGUAUACCUCAUGUACUGUGUACCUUGUACAUAAAUCUUACUGUUUUGAGGGGGGAGGGAGUUGCUGUUGUUUGUGUGUCCUAAUAACCGAGGUGUCGAAGAGCAGUUUAAUGUGAAUUAUUGUUGGCAAUACUAACUUGACAGAAUCAUGAGCAUUAGAGAAGGGUGAAGUAACUCUAUUGCACUAAAUCUCUCAUGAUUGCUUGACAUUUGUAUCUGUGAUACAGUUUAAACCUAAAAAAAGUAAAUCUGUAUAUAUUGGUGGAAAAGCUGCCACAAAAGCUAAAAACACUAUGUCCAACCUGUACAUAUGUAUAUAUGUGGAAACCUAGAUGAUAAAGUCUGACUUGUAGAAAAGUUUUAAUAAACCUGGUUUCAUAAAUGUUUGUUCUCAA